GGAAGAGUGAGAAAGACUGAGCUAGAGAGAGAGAGAACAACCAAAAUGAAUUCGACCAGCAAGCCGAUCUGAGUUUCCACUGACGUGUUUCCGUGUAUUUUGAAAGUAAAUGCAAAACAGCAAACAGAGUCUCCAGAAACAGGAGUCUCGUACGGGUCAGUGGUCGGAAUGGCAAACCAACCUUGGUACCAUGGAAAUAUUACGCGUUCCAAAGCUGAGAACCUGCUUUCCAAGGCAGCAAAGGAUGGAAGCUUUCUACUGCGGGACAGUGAAUCCAUCCAAGGAGCCUAUGCCCUCUGCGUGCUGUAUCAGAACUGUGUGUACACUUACAGAAUCUUGCCAAAUGAAGAGAAGAAACUCUCUGUACAGGCAUCUGUGGGUGUGCCCAUCCGCUUCUUCUCAGUGAUCGGUGACCUCGUGGAGGAGUACCACAAGGAGAACUUGGGCCUGGUGACGCACCUGCAGUUCGCUGUGCAGAAUGAGGGCGAGAUAGAGGACGGGUCAGAGCCAAUGAGAAUGCCUCCUCAGCUACCACCAAGAAAUUUCAGUGGUGGAUCUUCAGUGAAUGAUGCCAAAGACUAUCAUAGCGACUCUCCAAAGGGCUCUGAGCUUGCGCUGGCCUCCAUUUCUGAAACAUACAUGCAGAGACUGCAGCACGUAGACACAUCUACCAUCCAUGAAGAUCACCUGAAAUCCAUCCAGGACUACUUCUGCAACUCGGUCAGUCUCGAUGCAGAACAAGUACAGAAUGGUAAUCCCACACUUCCAUAUCUGAAAAAGUUAACGCAUGGUAUCUGCAAGAAUUUAAACAGUGAAAUUUCCCGCACUUUACCUACUCUGGAAGCCUUUCAGAGAGUGCUGGACCAGCAGCUUUCCCCUGUAGCUGGACGCCUAAAGAGUCAGGUUUCUGCUGAUCCAAAUCUAUCUGUGACCUUCAGGCUAGAGCAGUUGACUAAGCUUCUCUAUUCAAUAGAAGAAAAGGUGAAAAAUGUUGUGUUCGAUUCAGUUGGAUAUGAUGGCGGCCACAGAAACUCACUCAUACCACCUGUGACCUUUGAAGUCAAAUCUGAUAUCCUGAGCAUUCCAACCAAAUCAUAUCUCAAGGUAGAUGUGGAAGGUGGAAAAGUCUAUAUCAAGAAAUCCAAAGAUGGCUCAGAUGACAAAUACUUUGUGCACAACAAAAUAUUGCAGCUGGUGAAGUCACAGAAGGUACACAACAAGCUGGUGAUAGUGGCAGAGACGGAGAAAGAGAAGACACAGAGGAAGGAGUAUGUCUUUGAAGACUCCAAGAAAAGAGAGGGAUUUUGCCAGCUCCUCCAGCAGAUGAAGACUAAGCAUUCAGACAAGCCUGAACCUGAUAUGUUAACCAUCUUCAUAGGCACAUGGAACAUGGGAAACGCCAACCCCCCACACAACAUUACUUCCUGGUUCCAGUCAAAAGGCCAGGGGAAGACUCGGGAUGACACUGCUGACCACAUACCUCAUGAUAUCUAUGUCAUCGGGACUCAGGAGGACCCCCAAGGAGACCGGGAAUGGACUGAGGUUGUAAAAAGCACCCUGAGGGACAUCACUAAUAUCAGCUUCAAACAAGUGGCUGUCCACACACUGUGGAGCAUUCGCAUCAUGGUGCUGGCCAAGCCGGAGCACGAGAACCGCAUCUCGCACAUCUUCUCCAACAGCGUCAAGACAGGAAUCGCCAACGCUCUGGGAAAUAAAGGAGCAGUUGGUGUGUCCUUCAUGUUCAAUGGUACAUCCUUUGGAUUUGUGAACAGUCACCUGACCUCCGGGAGUGAAAAGAAACUUAGGCGAAACCAGAACUACACCAGUAUUCUACGUUUUUUGAACCUUGGCGAUAAGAAACUAAAUCCAUUUGACAUCACACAUCGAUUCACCCACCUCUUCUGGCUGGGUGAUCUGAAUUAUCGUGUUGAGCUUCCCUCAACAGAAGCAGAGAACAUUGUAGCAAAAAUCAAGAACCAGCAGUAUCAGGAACUCCUGAGCCGAGACCAGCUCAACAUGGAGAGGAGUGAAGAGAAGGUCUUCUUGCAUUAUGAAGAGGAAGAGAUCACAUUCCCCCCCACAUACCGUUUUGAGAGGGACACACGUGAAAAGUAUGCCUACACGAAAGCAAAGGCCACGGGGAUGAAAUACAACCUUCCAUCUUGGUGUGACCGUGUUCUGCGCAAAUCCUACCCCCUCGUGCACGUCGUUUGCCAGUCGUAUGGCUGCACCACCGACAUCAUGACGAGCGACCAUUCUCCUGUGUUUGCUACGUUUGAAGUGGGAGUGACAUCACAGUUUGUUUCAAAAAAUGAUCCGAACAGCGUGUCUCAGGGUGGAAUUCAGUUCAUGAACUGCGUGGCAACUCUGAAGACCAAGUCGAAGACAAGGUUUUUCAUCGAGUACCACUCCAGCUGUCUGGAGAGUUGUGUGAAGAGUUCUGAGGGAGAGAACCAAGAGGAUAUAGAUGGAUCGAUAAAGGUUCGAUUUGGAGCACAGGUUGAGCUCACUCCCAUAAUUUCAGACCCGGAGUACCUGUUGGAUCAACACAUCCUCAUCAUUGUCAAGUCCACUGACUGUGAGGAGUCGUAUGGAGAGGGCUGUGUAGCUCUGCGGGAGGCCGAAUGCUCCAAUGCGGAUUUCUCCAUCACGCUGACACAUCACGGGGAGAAGACGGGUAUGCUGUCCGGCGCCAUCCAGCUGCGCACCUCGGGGGGAAAGCAGACCGAGAAGCUGUACGAUUUCAUCCAGGUGGAAAAGGAUGAUUCAGGAGGAAGUCAAAAAGGCAACAAGUCAGCAUACCCCCUCCCCACUGAUAUCAGUAACCCCAGUUACAUGAGUUAUAAGGCUGCGAACCAGUCUGACAAAGGCUGGACCUCCAGUGUGCAUGCCAGACCAAGCCCUCCAGGGCACAUUGGCAAGGACUUGACCCCAGGUAAUCUCUCUCCAAAGAAGGCUGGCCAGGACCCGGUUGUCUGCUGCCCGUCUGGAAAUGCGUCCGAGGAUGGCAUGCCCACUGAAAUGUUCGACAACCCUCUGUAUGGCUCCAUGACUAAACAGAAAGGGUCGUCACGCACGAAGGAGCAGGACUCCUAUCGCAAGGAUCUGCUGGGUCUGCCCGAGGCUGCCUUCGCUUUCCCCAAGCUGGCCAAUUCGGAGGCCGACCGCAUGCCCCCGGUCCCGACGCCCCGAAACCGCUCCUUCACCUGCAGCGAGACCAAACCGAAGGUUCCCGCCGCCAAAAAGCCUGUGGUGCCGUCGCGCUCCGAAGCAGGCUCGAUGCCAAUCGCUAGGCCUCCUCUGCCGGCGAAGAAUCGUCCAGGCGAUCCUCAGACCGUCAUCAAGCCCAGGGACUACAGGGAGAGCUCAGAGCUCCCCAGCAAGGCCAGGGACUACAGGGACAGCUCUGAGCUGCCCAACAAGGCCAGGGUGCCUGCGAGACCCAGCCAAGCCCUCCCUAAAGAUGCGCAUCACGAAGGAGGUGGAAAGAUGGGACGCUCAGUGAAAUGACACAAUCAAAACUGCCUUCUUUCCCUCAGUCUCAAGCUCAGUUCUCUCUCAAAGCUAGUGUAUGUGAUUCUUGAACAUAACAAAGACUUGGCAAGCCAGAUCAUGUCUAUCAAUCAAAAAAAAGGAAUCCCCCACAAUUUGAGAAUGAGCUGUCUGAUUUUAUUUUUUAUUUUUAUUUUUUUUACAACAAAUGACCUUUUCACUCCAGUGCAUUGCAAAAGAAUUAAUUGUUUUCAUGAAGGAUAUUUGUCCACUUUUCAAAAGACAGACCUAGAGGAGCUGCUGGAUGGCCGAUCAUCUUCAGUCUCAGUGCUACUGGACCAUGCUAGUGCCGACAGUGGCUGGCAGUUCUUCUUCUUUUUCUUUUUCUUCUUGACAGAUUUGACAAAAACUUACGUUGAUUUUACAUGCACCAAUUGCAGAGAUUGUAGCAAUGAUGUACAAUUGGGCAUUCCAAAUUGGGAAUGCAAAAAAACCAUUUAGAAAACCUGAAAAGGUGGCAUUUUUUGUUGUAGCUUCAGAAUUUGCUUAUCAAGGGAACAAAACGGUGACCAGAAAUUUUAAGUUUUAUUAAUUAACAGUGGUGAUUUUUCUGGCUGUUCUGCUGUGCUGUUGCCAUGUUUGAUCUAGAUUUUUUUAAAUGUCAUUGUACAGUAGGUGAGUGAAAUGAAAAUAAAGUUAAGAAUUUAAA